CCCCAAAAGACCCCACUUUUCCGGGACUGCCGUGCAUUCUCAUUCGCUCUCUUGAGUCAUGUGACCAUAGGCGUUCUGAGGCAUUCUUUUCUCACUCAAAAAGGCGUGCGGAAGAGAGAGGUGUCUUACUUUCACUUUUACAACGGUUGUUCACACCCAGAUUUCUUCUCAGGCAAGACGCUGCACCGCAUUUUUUAUUUUAUUUUAUAAUUUUUUUACCAGGCGCCUCUGAACAAACUGGAAAUAAUGUUCUCCUGUUACAUAUUUUUGUCUGUUCUUUCUCUGUCUGGCUUUCUGAGCGACUGCCAUGUGUUUGGCUGUGAUGAAAAAUGUGCAGACCAGCCCGUUUUCAGUCCACCCAGACUGGUGGUGGAGUUGGGCACCUCGGCGUCUGCCAGCUGCUCCGUUUGCCGGGAAGAUUGCCGCGACAAAUUGUCCGGUUUGGAAAAUUCAAUCGGCAGGAAGCAACGAAACGGGACCACCAUUUUGUGGACGGUGGACAAAAUGAACGAGUGGCCUUCGUCCAUCUUGUGCUACUACAACAAAGGCAACGGCUCACAGUGUUGUACCACCCUGCCCAUCACCGUUUACCAGCCUCCCAAAAAGGUCGAGGUGGGGUUCCUCAAUCACGACGGGCCGAUGCUGGAGGGUCAAGAGUAUCAGCUGUACUGCCGCGUUGAGGAAGUUGCUCCACUCAAAAACCUUAUCGUGACCCUGUACCAAGGGGAAAACGCACUGGGCCGGCACCACCUAAAGAACAACACGGAGAAGAAAUCGUCCGACAAGAUGUUCACCAACGUCAUCAACGCCACCAAAGAAAUUGAUGGAGCCCGAUAUAAGUGUGUGGCCCGGCUGGACCUGGAAACUGAUGGACCGCUCAACGACACAAUAUCUAAUAUUGUCACCAGCACUGUUUACUAUAAGCCUCAAUUCAACGGACCCACACAUGGACCAGUCCGCCUCACAGCGGGGGACCCCCUUCACCUCAACUGCUCCGCUGAGGGAAACCCGAGACCCUCGGUCACGUGGAUACUCCCGUCGGCCGCCCCUUCUGAUUUCAAAGGCCGUGUCCUCUCAGUGGACUCCGUCACCACGGAGCAUAAAGGACAGUACAUCUGUUCUAUUAGCAACAGCAUGGGAAGGACCACUGUUGUGUUUAACGUGGACGUACAGGACUGAGCCGGACUGGAGAGUACAAGCUGAAGGACGUGUUGCGUUUUCGCAGCCCACACAUCGCCUUGCCCGCUGGGGAGUUGUAAAGGGGACGGGGGGGGGCGGUAUGAAACGAUUAUGAAGCUGUUGCUGUCUCUAAACUGCGCGUAUUUGUGCAAUUUACUGAAGUCAAUCUGUGUUUGAAUUCUUGUGUAUGGGUUCUACAUAAGUGUUCUUUGUUUUGAAAGUCAUCGGACGUAGCACUAAUAUUUGGAGGCUCACUGUGACCUGUGUGUACUGAGUUGUUUUCAUUGCCGCUGCUUGGUGCAUCUAUUUGGGUGCCAUCAAUAUACAGUGAUGCCUUGAGAUACGAGUGACCCAAUUUACAACAAUUUCACAAUACUCACAGGCAUAUAUUCUUUAUCCUCUGCGAAAAACUACGAAUAUUUCUGCAACUUACUGAGGAGAUAUGACUUCUCCUCCGAUUCCAAGUGUAUCUUGAUUAUAUUGUUAUUGUUUUAUUAUACUCCCCCCAGGUGGCCAAGGCACACACACCAGAAGGAGCCACACUUAAUCAUGAUACACAAACCGGUUAAUUCUUGAGAUGCUACUUAAUUAUUUUAUCACUAUAUGUUUUUUAUAAUGUACAAUAUUAUAGAGUGCUAUUUUCCUAAUGAAAAAAGCACCUUACAAACACUCAUAUCUCAAGGCACCGCUCUAGACACGGAACUACAAUAUGUUAAUAGCUGGGCAUUCAUGAAUUUGCCUCACAUUUGUUAUCUUCUGAAUAAAAUAAAAAAAAGCACCUAUUCGCUA